AUGCCUCACUCUACGGACACGGGCAACGACCAUCUGUCCCGUCUGCAUACUUGGCACACAGAUCCCAUCAAACUCGGCGAAUGGGAGAGGGACGAUAAGGAACUUUUCAACGGGAAGGAUCGCCCUGGUCGCAGCUAUCUUCACCGUGAUAUGGAGCUGCGCCCCCUUACUCAUUUCCCCCAAGGUUCGUGCAACUUGAUCACCCCGUUUCGAUUGGUCGAAGCCCGGCGAUGGUGGUGUGAUCCUCUCUUGGCCCGCAUCUGGAGCGAAAAACCUGGCGAAUCCACAAGAGGAGAGGGCUGCUCAAAGUCCUUGCAACGACGGAUGAUGCAUGAAAAAUGCAGGGAUGAAGACCGGAUCUUAUUUAGACUGCUCUCCAUAUGGCGGUUUCUCCGUAGGCGAAUUCAAGAUUGCUGUACAUUUCAGCCGCAUGAGAAACUCCGGAAUCGCGCAUGCGAAUUGUCCGCCUCGUAUCUUUCGUGGUCUGCCUUGCUGCGGGGUAACGACGGUAUUGCAGGGUUAGCUCUAUCCGUGGUGAGCAUCGUUGUCCAGCUGACACGGCUGUGA